CCUAGAAUAAACAUGGUAGACACUUUUUCACCAGAACUCAUUGCGGAAUACAAGGAAGCUUUUUCGUAUUUCGACUCAGAUAGCGAUGGCUGGAUUUCCUCCAAGGAACUGGGGCUGGCCAUGCGCUCUCUAGGGCACUGCGUCACUGAAAAGGAGCUGAAUGACAUGGUCAACGAAUUUGGAGCAGCCCAUGACGAAAAAAUCGAAUUCACCCAUUUUUUGCUUCUCAUCAAGCGCCAAAUCGAAAACAAAGACUCUCUCGAGGAAACCAUUAGAAAAUCCGUCAAAAUUUUCGACCGUAAUGACACAGGACUUAUCAAUGCAUCGCAGUUGAGGCACGCGUUAACGACGCUCGGGGAAAAACUCACUACAGAGGAAGUAGACAGCCUCUUCAAAGAAAUUGAUAUAAACGCCGAUGGAAUGAUUGACCGCGAAGAGUUCGUUCAAGCUCUGCUUCGUAAUUAAACACCAUUCUUUUUUUAAUGUGAUGUACCUCAAUUCCACUUUGUAUUCAAAACCGUAUGCUUAUGCGACUAUUGAACGAGCCCCUCUCUAUUUGUGUGCAAAGAGACCCGACGCAGCAUCUAUCGGCUUUGACAUCCUAUUUGAUGCAUGCGCCUUCCAGUUGAGUUUGAAAAGCGCAUGCGCCUGUCAAAAACCACUUGGCGCAGUAACAUUCGGAUCAUGCAAGCCUAAGUGAGAAUGUUGUACCCUGUCGUGCCCAAAAAGUUCAAAAAAUUUUUUUGGACGUAUUGCUACUUC